AAUAAUAAUAAUGGAAGUAAACAUAUUAUUAUUUAUAUAUUGUACAAUAAUAACAUUAUAUUUGAUAUAGAAAAUAUUUACUAGCAAGACUAAUAAUAAUAACAAUUUGGUGAAGGAUUUAAUGUAGGAAAUAGAGAAUUUAAAGAAUGUUAAUAAUAAUCAGAACAAACAACAGAAUAGUCAGAUUACUCAAAUCAAAUAGCACUUUACUGAGUUGACUCAGAUAUAGGACGAUUUCCAGAAAAAAUUAUUGAAUACUCAAAUAAAAUUGAUGCAACAUGUAAAUAAAACAUAUUCUCAAAGAACGAAUUCACAGCACAAUAAUUCAGUUUUAUCAUAAAGAGAUUAGUCAAUCGAGGAGAAAUGAAUGAUUAUUUUAAUUAAUUAAAUAAUAAUAAUAUAUAUAUUAGAAGCAAUUAUGAGUCAGGAGGAGAUGUUGGCUAAAUAAGAGGAAAUAAAUUUAUAAGCUGAGGAAGGUGAGUAAAGAAGGAAGAAUAAAAAAAGAGUAAUUACAAAUCCCAAUUAAUUAACAGGACAUUGGAGUGAAUAGGAACACAAAACAUAUUUAGAAUUCUUGAAUAUGCAUAGAACAGUCAUGGAAUCAUAAGAUUAAAAGAAAACGAGCAAGAUUUUCAAAUUAAUGAGUGAAACAAUUGGUACUCGAAGUCCUUCUUAAUGCCGGUCACAUCACCAGAAGUUCAAUCCUUUUGUGCAUUCGGUCAAGAAGAGAUAGAAGGGAGUGGGUCGGAAGAGAAAGGAGAAUGGAAACUAGGAUAGAAUGGAUAAGUAUAAUGACAAUGGACUGCUCUAGUAGUUUAUGGUUGGGCCACAAUUAUAUUAAUAGCAACAGGGAUUUUAAGAUUACUAAUUUCAGUUCCCAUAGAUGCCAUACAUGUUUCCAAUCCCAGAUCAGACAUCCAAAGAUGACGAUAAAUUAAAUAUAUAUGAUCAAUAAUAGUUGUACUUUCAAUAAUACUUGCUGGCAUAAUAGUAAAUGCAAUAAUAAAUGGAUGAUAAAAAUCUAUUUUGUUAUUUUAUGCAUCCACAACAGCUCCCUUUAAAUUUGAAUUACUAUCCACAAUAGGUGUUAUCAGAAGAUAUGAAUAUCAAAGAUGAUGAAUAAUGA